AUGCCUCCCCAUGAAGUCGAUCUAUGGGCGCGCGACUUAUUCUACCUCCAUGUGCCGACGUUCAAGCAUACUCAAAAGUGGUGUUGCGAGUUCUGCAACGUGCCAGCCAGGAUGUCGGAGACACAGAUAAUGUCUUGGGUCAACGCAAACCCCCCAAAAAUGAAUAUAUAUAUCCACUCGCUCUGCAAUCCGUCGGAAGGCCCCUGCGCAGAUACCUUACGCCGGGCGACUGAGGUCAUGGCGCGCAUGGGUGGACAUCAGCCUCCGCCUCGCAGCUCUAUCAAAGAGAAUCCAGAGGAGUGGCCACUCAUGGGUUCGUGCGCUGGGUGUGAGGCAGAUGAGACGGCGCGACAUACGACUAGGGCCUGCAGUGCAUGUCAGCUCACGCGAUAUUGCAGCGAGCAGUGCCAGAAGAAGCAUUGGAACGAACACAAGGCGAUUUGCAAGCUUAAGCCGCAAGUCAAAUGGUACUGGGAUUAA